GGGGCUGCCGAUGGCGAGUAGUAGUGUGGGCGUGGCUACUUGCCACACCCACGCGCAGGUGCGCAAUAUUUGGAGAUUAUUUAGCCGUCGUAAUCUUUCUUCUACUCCAACUGUGUGCCAUGUCUUCCUCCAGUUCUGGGUCAGGAAGCCUCGUCUCGUGGUCGGUGACGGCCGCGGGGGUGCUGGCGGGCCUGGGAGCGGGGUACGCUCUGGGAAUGUCUAGCAGUAGCUGGCUGACGUCAUCGAGGAGUCGAAGACCGUCCCGAGCCGCCGCUGUCGAGGGAAAUGUGUCUGGAAACCUAGUGGCCGCUCUAGUUGAGCUGACUGCAGAGGUCCGGGGGUGUUUUGAGACCUAUUCAACACUUGCGUAUCGUCUUUCCCUCUCUCAGAUUGCUCGCCUGAGGCAAACCGUAGAGAGUUGCGGUGUGUUGCCGUGUGGCGGUCAGCUACCUCCUUCCCGCCGCUCCAUGCGAGGAGCCAGCACCGCUGACUUCGUCUCUGCUCAGGAAGACAACACGGAGAGUGAUGACGAGUUCUUUGACCCAAAGUAAACCUUCAGAACCCAAUUUUACUUCUUUCGUCUUGCUCUCUUGCCUGCAGUGAGGGAGAGGGAGAAAGGGAGGGAGAGGGAGAAAGCAGUAAAAUGCCAGACUAUGGCCAGCUGGACGAGUUAGGACACAGCUGCCAGGCGAAUCAGGACACGUGUGAAACUCUCAUACGGCAGAUCAGGACAGCUUUGUCUGAGUUUGAAGACGAUGUGGGGUUGCUAUGGAGACUGGCACGUGCCCUGUUCCAUCUGAGCAACCAUGUGGAGCAAGAAAGAGACACAGAGGGCCAGAAACAACUUGUCCAGGAAGCUCUGGAGCAGUGUGAGAGAGGUUUGGAGGUAGAUGACGGGGUGUGGGAGGUACACCAGUGGUACGCCAUUGCCAUUGGCUCUCUCACCAAAUACGAAGGAACCCAGAGAAAGAUUGAAAUGGGCUACAAGUACAAAGAGCACAUUGACAAGGCCAUAUCUUUGAGUCCGGAGGAGAAGACAUUACAUCAUCUCAGAGGAAGAUUCUGUUAUGAGGUGGCUGGAGUGUCGUGGCUGGAGAAGAAGGCUGCAGCUGCUCUGUUUGGGUCUCCUCCAGAGUCCAGCUACGAGGAGGCUCUGGAGAGCCUCAUGAAGGCAGAAGAACGGUCAUCUGAGGAUUGGAAAACGAAUGCUCUCUACAUUGCAAAGUGUCAUCUGAAACUGUCAGAUGUCCCAACUGCAGUGGAGUGGCUACACAAAGCCCACAACAUGCCUACCAGCACACCUGAGGACUUCACAGCCCAAACUGAAGUGGAGGAACUUCUCACACAAAACGACCCAACUUUUGACAACAAUUAAAAAAAGUUUUUUUUAUAUCCUCGCUGUUUUCCACAAUAAUAGAGUUAUAAUUAUUAUCAUUUUUUGUUAUAUUAACUUCAUUUGAGAAUCACUGUGGGGAAAAAUGAGGAAGCAUUACGAUCGAAUGACUAUACAGGCUGUUGGGCUGAGUAUGAUGAAUGGGGACUGAUGAUGACGGUCAGAAGUGGCAGGUGGCAGGGGGAACCCCCUCCCCACUCUCCAGCCUCUGCCUCUUUCUGGCCU